AUGCAGUUCACAAAGUCCCUCCUGCUGCUGGCAGCCCUCACCACUGGCUCCCUUGCACACCGCGUGCACGGCCACGCAAGACGCCAGUCACCCGCCGCCACUUCGUCUGCCGUUCCCUCCUCCUCUGGCUCUUCUUCCGGGGGAUCCUGGACCGCCACACCUGCUAGUGGAUCCUACUCUACUGCCGGAUUUGGCGCUUCCACUGCCAACAGCGGCUCUGAUAUCACCUACCAAGGCAACGUCGGCAACCCUUGGGGUAGCAAUAUCAUUGAGGUGUCGGAGAGCGACGCCUCGAACUACAAGUACGUGGCCGCCAUCUCGGGCCAGAACACCGAGGCCUGGACGGUUGUCUUCUGGAACAAGUAUGGUCCUGACGGCAAGAUGGACGGCUGGUACGGCAACGCCGCCACCAAGUACGUUGCCUUCGACGAUGACACGAACGGUGGCUUCGCUGCGGCUCCCGGCAGCAUUCCCACCGACUCCGGCGGCGGAUACGCCUCCACCUGGGGUGAAUUUGACUUCGGCAGCAACGGUAACUCGGGCUGGUCCGGUUUCGAUGUCUCCGCUAUUGUGGCCCAGAACGCUGGUCUCACUGUCCAGGGUAUGAAGAUGUGUGACGUCUUCAGCGGUACCUGCUCUACUAUCACUCCCGGUGCCGCAUCGGUGGACAAUGCUUAUACCACUGCCGAGACUGACAUCGGUGGUAUCGGUGGUAAUAUCUCUGGCGACGGCCCGGUCCGUAUCGCUGUUACUAUCGACUACAGCGGCUAA